AUGCCCCAGAGCAGCCUGCACGCAGCCACUGUCCUGCUGCUUGUGAUCUUAAAGGAACAGCCUUCCAGUCCAGCCUCUCUCAAUGGAUCCAAGUGGAGUUAUGUUGGUCCCGAUGGAGAGAAGAGUUGGUUCCAGAAGUACCCAUCCUGUGGGGGCCUGCUGCAGUCCCCCAUCGACCUGCACAGCGACAUCCUCCAGUAUGAUGCCAACCUCACACCCCUCGAGUUUCGAGGCUACAACCUGUCUGCCAGCGAGUGGUUCACGCUGAUCAAUAAUGGCCAUUCAGUGAAGCUGAACCUGUCCCCGGACAUGCACAUCCAGGGCCUCCCAUCCCGAUACAGCGCCACGCAGCUGCACCUCCACUGGGGGAACCAGAAUAACCCCCAGGGCUCUGAGCACACUGUCAGCGGGAGGCACUUUGCUGCUGAGUUGCACAUUGUGCAUUAUAACUCGGACCUGUAUCCCAACGCCAGCGUCGCCAGCACUGAGUCAGAGGGCCUCGCUGUCCUGGCUGUUCUCAUUGAGAUGGGCUCCUUCAAUCCAUCAUAUGACAAAAUCUUCAGUCACCUUCAAGAUGUCAAGUACAAAGGCCAGCAGGUGCUCAUUCCGGGUUUCAACAUCGAAGAGCUGCUUCCCCAAAAGCCUGAUGAGUACUACCGCUAUCGAGGGUCCCUGACCACUCCGCCUUGCAACCCCACGGUGAUCUGGACUGUUUUCCGAAACCCUGUGCAGAUUUCCCAAGAACAGCUGCUGGCACUGGAGACUGCUCUGUACUGCACACAAAUAGAUGAUCCUGUCCCCAGAGAAAUGGUCAACAACUUCCGGCAGGUCCAGAAGUUUGACGAGAGGCUGGUGUAUGUCUCCUUCCACCAAGUACAAAUCCUUACCUCGGCGAGGCUGAGCGUGGGCAUCAUACUUUCUGUGGCGCUGGCCGGUGUUCUUGGCAUCUGUAUUGUCCUGGGAGUGUCCAUUUGGCUUUUCAGAAGGAGGAAGAGCAAAAAAGGAGACAGCAACAAGGGUGUCAUUUACAAACCAGGCAUCAAGAUGGAAACGGAGGCCCACGUCUGA